GGCAGCGCGGGUCACGAACUCUGACCUUUAGUCUGUCGACAUCCUUCACAAUUUUCAAGAAAUUUUCUUCUAAAAGCGAAGACAGUGAGGGAGAAGGGAAGAGGAGAGCAGUGCAUUACCAUGGAAACAGUGCAAAUUCAUGAGGUGGAGAGUGGGCAGGAAAUUACAUGUACGACGGAGGAUGGUCAACCUAUGGAUGGAAUAUCAGAUGUCACUGAAGUGCAUGUGGAAGAAGUGCAGGGUGAUAUUGAAGAUAUAGAGGAAGAUCAAGAAACAGAAGAGGUUAAUAUGAAUGAUGUACAUGGUAUGGACCAUAGAACAAUACAACAGAUCUCUGAUGUGAACAGCCUAGACCACGGUGUUCAUCCACAGGUUUUACAGACUGUCCACUUACCAUCCGGUCAGGUUCAACACAUCGCCAUGACAAGCAUGCCUCAGCAGGUCCUAGGUUCAAUGGGCAUGGUUUCAUCUCAAGCCACUCCGGUCGAGGCCUAUAAGGUGCAACAAGUGCAGAUAAACGAUCAAACUGUGGAGCAGUUGGUGCGAGUUCAGACCUCGGCCGGGACCACUGUCACCACGAUAGAUGCUGCUACAGCUGAGAGACUGGUCAAGUUGAGAGAAGAAGACCUGAUCAAAUUCUCUGCUCAGGGCAUGAGCCAGGCUCAGAUGAUGGCCAAGCCGGGCAUGACCUCACCCAGACCCAUUGAAUUAUGCGCAGUCUGUGGAGAUAAAGCCUCAGGUCGGCAUUAUGGCGCCAUCAGCUGCGAAGGCUGCAAGGGCUUUUUCAAACGCAGCAUACGCAAGCACCUUGGCUACACGUGCCGCGGGAACAAGGACUGUCAGAUCAUUAAACACAAUCGUAACCGCUGCCAGUACUGCCGCCUGCAGAAGUGCCUCGACAUGGGCAUGAAGUCGGACUCUGUACAGUGUGAGAGAUCUCCCCUCAAGACAAGGGAUAAGACACCAGGCAACUGUGCUGCAUCCACAGACAAGAUCUACAUCAGGAAGGACAUCAGAAGUCCUCUGACCGCUACGCCCACGUUUGUGACUGGCAGUGUCCUGGCAGGAGGUGAUAUGAAGAGUCCACAGGGCAACAGGCAAGGUCUCUUUGAUCAAGGCAUCCUACUCAACGUUCAGACUACCCCUACGAGCUCACCGUCGGCUUCAACCUCAGACUCGACCACGGACCUGAGCACGCUAGCCAGCGUAGUCACAUCCUUAGCCAAUAUGAACAAGAAGACGGAAGAAGGGCCAAGUCAUUCACAACAGAUCUAUUCUCCAUCUCAGACUCUACAAAUCAUAUCAAAUGGUGACCAGGAUGUUCAAGGAGGAGGUGACAACGUGUCCAAGGCGUUUGAUGCCCUCACCAAGGCACUCAAUACCUCAGGGGAUUCAGAAGCAGGAGAUUUAAGUAUUGACCAAUCUGCGAAUGGGGGUUCAUCUGAAGUCGAGCUGGUGAAACUGGACUCACCCAUGCUCUCUGAUCAUCACAUGCAGUUCAAGCUGACCACACCUUCCCCAAUGCCUCAAUUCCUCAAUGUUCAUUACAUCUGUGAGUCUGCAUCAAGACUGCUCUUCCUCUCCAUGCACUGGGCAAGGAGUUUACCGGCCUUUCAGGUUCUCAGUGCUGAUACACACACAUCAAUGGUGCAGAAAUGUUGGAGUGAGCUGUUCACAUUAGGAUUGGCCCAGUGCGCCCAAGCAAUGGCACUGUCAACGAUCCUCACAGCAAUUGUCAACCAUUUACAAACAAGUUUACAACAAGAUAAACUUUCAGCAGAUAGGGUAAAGGCUGUGAUGGAACACAUCUGGAAGCUGCAAGAGUUUGUAACAACGACGUCAAAGUUAGAUGUGGAUCAAACAGAAUUUGCUUACCUCAAGACCAUUGUACUUUUCAGUCCAGAUCAUCCUGGUUUGAGUAAUGUACGACAGAUAGAGAAAUUCCAAGAGAUGGCCAUAUCAGAGCUUCACGACUACGAGGCUCAGACCUACCCCUCUAAACUCAAUCGCUUCUCCAAGUUGCUGCUUCGCUUGCCCACAUUAAGGCUUCUCAGUCCUGCAAUCAUGGAGGAAUUGUUCUUUGCCGGUUUGAUUGGUAACGUUCAGAUAGACAGCAUCAUCCCGUAUAUUUUGCGGAUGGAAACGGCCGACUAUAACUCCGCACAGAUAACGAUGUCGGCAUCCCCGGGGUCGUUAAUUGGUUGAAGAGCAAUGCAAGGGUACCGUACAAGGAGGACCAAUGGUGACCAAAUGUGGACUCGUUCUUGAACAAAUUGGCAAGAAGCAAGAUUAACCUCGAAUGCAAGUUGGCAGACGUAUCUUUGGAGAUACCUUAGAUUCAAACACUCGCUGCAUCAGGAGCUGGCGGAACCUGAAAUCAUCAAAAGAACACCAAGACAGAUGCCAGAUUAACUUUGACUGGCACUGCACAGAGCUUUUUUAAAGUUCAGUAAUUGUGAUAUAUGUUUUCUCUGUUUUCUUCUUUUUAUAUACUUGUGGUCUCAUGGAGAAAGGGUAGUUCUUUACCUAUUGAAGUGCAUUAUGUACAUUAUAUUUGAAUACAUUGAUUAUGAUUUGUUUUUCCUCUCUCUCUCUCUCUCUCUAACUUUCAUUGUAAUUGAUUAUUACCGUUAAUUAGAUACCUCUUGGAGGCUCUCACAUCACGUCUUAGUCUAUGACUAUACUGAAUCUCUGAUUAAAAGCUAAAAUUAUUAUCAAAAUUUCCAAAGGCAAUUAAGUCAAAUUCAGAGUUCAAACCUGUGUAAUAUUUUGUCCAUGGCUUCAGAAAUUAUUAAUGAAAUACUGAAAUUGUUAAUAUUUACAUUAUAUGUGUUCGGAGAGUGAUAUUAUAAAAGGUACUGUGGUUAACUGGGUGAUGUUAUGAACGGAAUGUUAGAUAAAUGAGUCGGUGGUUUAACAAUUGUUUACUUACUCAAAUUCGUGAUUAGUCAUAACCCUUACGUAGUCUUGUUCACUAGGUGAUAUUAUGAACAGAAUGUUGGAUAAAUGAGUCGGUUGUCUAAUGAUUGUUGAUAGUUUACUCACUCACAUUCAUUACAUAAAAACCCUUGCACACUCCUUGUGGUGUUGGCGUUUGAUGCUCCUGCUUCUAGUAUGGACAUGAUGUGGCUUCGAAUUGACUGGGCUACUAUGUAGUACCUCACUGUGUUUUAAUCAAACAAUCUUCUUUCUGACAUAAGUCUACAUCCUGCCACACACUGUACGAUCCAACUUCCGUCACAAUAUCCGAAGUCAUUGUAUUGAUGAUACAAUAUUGAAUAUUGGAGUGGCCAAAUCUUCCUGAUCAAGGUUCGGAACAGUGGUAUGAAUGUGCACCUGAAAAGCGUGGUAUCUGAAAGUGCUGGUCAUCUAUCACAAAUGACGAUAACAAUAAAACCGGUCCAUGUAGAAAAGGUGUAUAUAAGUGUGUUUUUUUUCUACAUCUAGACCAACUUUAUUAUCAUCUUAUUGUGACCAGCCAUUUUGCAUUCCAGGUGUAGAAAAGGUCCAAAAGUAGGAACAAUCUUUCAACCAGUUCCAAUCUGAAGCAGUAUAUGCUUUCUCUCUGACUGGGAUUCAAAUGUUUUGCAAUUUCUUUAAUUGUUUUAAUUUAUUAUGUCUCAUAUGAGCGUGGCCUGUUAGAACUGUAAUAGAAAAAUAUGGCACUUGGUUGACUUGGAUAUUUCAUAACUAGCCCCCUCUUGGCACUUUCAUCAAAUUUGUAUUGGAGUUGGAUCGUGAUAAUGUGCCCUGAGCUGCAUAAGUGAUGUUCUCCUUAUUGUUAUGAAUUGAUAUGAACAAAUGUUUCCUAGCACCUGUAACAUUUUGUCUACAAGGUGACUGUUUAUGUUUGACAGCCCCUUUUUGCUGCAUACUUGGAAAUGGAUAAACUCAUCAUACUUUUUGAAAAUAUUUCAUGUACUAUUGCUGGACAUAAUGAUAGACUGCAUGUUUCUUUUUCCAUACUUAUAUACAUCUACUUUUUAUUUUCAAAAUAGUAUAGUAGCAUAAUGCACUAAUAUCUCCAUUGCCCAUAGUCUCUGUGCCCAAAUUGCUUGAAUUUUAAUUUAUUAUUUAUUUCAUUACAAUAUUAUAAUGCAUGGAAAACAUUAGUUAUGAAUGAUGAAAUCGCUUAUUAAGUAUUAACAUUCCUUGUAAUAUGAGAUUUUAGUCGAUUCCUGGUAUCCAAUUUUAUUUUCAGCAAUUAAAAUGUAGUUUUUGUCUUUUUAAACACUUUCACUUUUAUGUACCAGGGGCAGUCCAUAUAGAAUGGAUCAUACCUUGCACCACUAGCUUAAUCAAUGCAAUGCUUCGCAUUAAGUGACUCUUUCUCUGUGUAUUAUUUAUUGCAAGAUAUUCAGCAAAUGUUAGAAGAAAGGGUUCUUUGUUUGACACUUGGUGGUAUGUGUAUUGAACAGUAAGCUAGGCCAAAAAUAUGAUAAAUCAGGGAUGUCAGUUUUCAGGCCCCAUGCGAGUUAUUUUCAGACCAUAGUUACGGCUUUUUUUGUGCACAAAAUAGCUCAUUCUAGGUGAUUUGCAGGCCCUCUGAUCAAUUCUAACUGGCAUCCCUGGAUAAAUGCAUACUUCUCAUGUUGUAGGGUACCUUGAUGAGAAACAUUCUUACCUUCAAAAUUUAAAAAGAUAUAUAUAUGAUAUCCUAGCAUACUCAAUUUGGAUUGUGAUAAUACUAUACAUGUGCAGAGAAUGUGCAAAGCAAUACUAUUGAUGCCUUGGGUUGAUAGUGAUGAAAAAUGACUGUGUUUUGGAGCCCUUGUGUUUUUAAGUUAAAAGAAUCAGGGAACGCAUGUAGAUUGUCAAAACUCGGUUUAUGGUUCGAGGGCUGUACAAAGCAGUGUUUGUAGGUCUUUUAUACAGUUUCAUAUCUUUCAUCACAGUACAGUCUAGUGAGUGGUUUUAUGUGUACAUACUUUCGAGCCAGUGUUUUAAUUUGCCGACCUAGGGGGGAAAUCUACUGGCAUUUAUGAAGGAUAUUCAAUAUUUACCAUUCUGAUGGUACAUGUAAUGUAUGUUUAUGCCUCACAAGAGCCCUGUUAUGCAAAUCAGCCUAUUAAAAGAAGUUUCUGCUGUUACUUUUUGAAAAGUUUGUUGAAGAGUAUUGGGAGGCUUGCCAUUUACCCUGUUAAAGGCUCGUUCAGAUAUGAUGCCGUAAACCCCCAGAAAAAAAAUAUGGCUGUUUGUUGACUUUGUUCACAUGUAAAUGAAUGGUAACUGCGCGCAACAAAAGUUUUGCACGUAUUUAGUAAGCCCUGUGUUAUAAGAUUUAAAGGACUUACAGUAGAUGCCAACAAGGUUAUUUCAUAUAUUAACAGUUAAGAAAUUUUGGGAUGAACAUAAGUCUGUUAUGUUCGUGUGAUUACGGCUCAUGAUAAUUAUAUGCAAUAUGACUUUGGUAGAGACCAAAUGAAAUAUAUAAAAUGCACCUACAGUGAAGCGGUGUUAAUCCUUUGCAGAAUUCAAAAAUGAACUCUGCAUUUCAGGGAACUAUAUCCCUGAUAUUUUUGUUCGACACCAACAGGAGCCCAUUGCAUGAGGGGCCCCCAAUUGUAACUGUGUACUCCGAAAAUGUUGAACUUUUAAAGGGGGCACCAUGCACAUAGAUCCUAACAGUUUAUAUCUAAACCCCUGUGUAAUCACAUCAGUUUAAGAGUACUUGCUAAAAUACAAAGGGAAAAAAACGUUUUUUAACUUGUUGAAUUUUGUUCCUUACAUCUUUUUGAGUUACAUUUUGACAUGCACAUAAAAUAUGUAUAAUAUAAGUGAAACAAAAUUGGUGAGAUAUCUGUGCAGCUGAAAUGACUGUUGGGACAAAUUUUUGAAAUUGAAAAAGAAAUUGAUCUGGCGUUGAAUUUUUUAUGAUGAUUUUUUAAGUCUCCUAAAUAUUUAUUUUCUCUUAUUGAUGUGUAGGAUAUGUAGCAAGCAUGUACAUUGCUCUCUCAAUAACAGCUCAAAUGGUUUUCUUUUUUCUUUUUUCUUUUUUAAGAAUAAUUUUUAAUCAGGUGUAAGACUUGCUGUUUGUGAAUAUGUUAACUUCUUACUAUUCUAUGUUAACUUGUGCUUGACAGGUUGUUUAUAUUUGGUUUUUGUGUAUGUAAAUAUUGUCUUCACACACACAAACAAAUUGAUUAUGAAUGCUGUGAAUAUAUUCUAUGAAUUGAUCAUGCAAUCUUGUCAGUGGAAUAAAUG